AUGGCACGACAAUCGUCGGAUGCCAAUUCUAUGCAGCCAUCCAGUCAUCUAGUUCCUCGCCAAGACGUACAAAGUAGCGAACCUUCGCGACCGCAACCACCGCGCAGUGGUAUCAACAGAGACAGAGCGAAGAUAAAACUAAAGAAAUUAACGUUUUACGACGAAGAUGGUGAAAGUCCUCUGUACAGCGCGGAUGACAUGCCUUAUGAUCCCAGUCAUGAAAAGAUUGGGGAAGGAGCUUACGCAAAAGUCUACAAGACCACGAUCAAAGGAGAUUCUUACGAUGCCGGCCAAGGAUUCAUAUCAACUGAAUAUCAAGUUGCACGCAAAGAGUUUUCGGGAUUACGGGCGAGAGACAACUUCCUAAUUGAGAAUGAGAUCUGUCGGGACUUUUACAAACCAAAUUCAGGGAUCAACAAGACGAUUGUGGCCCCUUUGUUCAGUUAUGCCAUUAAAGACUCUAAAGGCGGUGUCAACUAUAACAUCUGCUAUGAGCUUGCGAUUUGCGAUCUGCAGACUUAUCUAUCGAAUAAUAACAACUUUCCCGGGGGAAAAUCACGUAAGAGGAUCGCACACAUCGAACAAAUGGUGAGAGUUGCCGAAGGAUUGAGAUGGCUGAUGAAAACAACUACGAAAGAGAGCGGAUUAUUCAGAGCUCUGGGGAUUACACAUUGCGAUCUGCACUGGAGAAAUAUCCUACUAUGUGAGGAUGAGAGCCAUCCCGGCAGUCUAAUCUUCAAGAUAGGGGACUUUGGAAGUGCAAGAAAUGGACGAGACUCCGAGAACAAGCAGAGAUCAGGAGUUGCCUGGGCUGAACGCAUUAAUGGCCAGUUCUCCGCUCCUGAACCCGAGGCUCAUGAGAAUGGUGACGUAUGGUCUUUCGGAUGCAAUUUGUUGCUCGUUCUGGUAUUCAAUUACUACGGAGUCGGAGGCAAAAACGAAUUCCUGGCAAGUCUACUACGACAUUCGAGUCAAGACUGGUUUUACGAUCGAACCACUGGCGCAGCGAGCCACGAAACUACCAGCUGUAUGGAUCAUCUUCGCCGGUGUUUCGAGCAUGAUGUUGACGGACUCGUCACCGUGGAACUACUCGAUGUACUGCAGCAGAGUGUAUUAGUGCCUUUGAAAGCAAGAAUGAGUAUAUCACAAGUUGUCAAAGCUCUUCGGGCCUGUUUGGAGAAGCAGAAGAUGGUCGUGCCAAAAGUUGUGGUUCAACGAGACAAUAGGCAUUACGAAUAUUGCUUUCAUGCUCCUCGGGGGAGAUUUGAGAUGUUUCGUAAAGGCGGUGAUGAAUACACCAUGAGCGUUUGGACCUGGAACCACGGAACGGCCUCAGAACUACCGUUUCUAGAGCCUAUCACUGAACCUCUACAAGGACGGAACAUGCCUCGACAGGACCGCAUCUACCCGUGCUCUUCUUGCUGCGGAGAAGAGCAUAUCUGCCAAGUCGUCGCGAUACACAACACACUCGAGCUGCUCUUAUAUGAAUUGCCACAAAAUGCUGGUGAUCCUAUCGCAAGAGAGUACAUCAGUUUGACUGACCUUAAGGACGUUUCGCGAGUAGCUCUAGCGCCAAACGCCAAGUACAUUGCCAUUGAUGCUGACUGCACAUUACGGCUCUACGAAAGGCAGCAGCUACUAGAUUCCAUGAAGCUGUAG